AAUCGCUCGUCCUCUUCCCCAAAACCCUAUGCUACAGCGGGAGAGGGAGUGAAUCCCCCACCUCCGUCCGUCGGCCGCCGCCACCUCCAUGGCGCUCCGCCGCAUCAACCCCCGGAGGGGACCCAUCUUCCCUGUCCCCCGUGCCUUCUUCUCCUCGAAUCCGCCCUUCCCUCCGCCCCCGCCGCCAGCCAACGACCCUGACCCCGACGCCGCCCACUCCCCCUCCUCUUCUCCGCACCACAACCCCGGCGCGCCGCGGGACUCGGCGUCCUCACGCUUCCAGGAAAUCCGAGAGCGCCUCCGCACGUCGCCCACGUCGCCACCUCCGCGUCGGAUCCCCAUAAACUCGCGCCGCCCCAACUCCGCGCCUCAACAGCCGAUCGAAGAUGUCCGCCGGUUCCUCGAGAACUUCAGAUCCGGCGGCCCGACCUCCCCCUCCACUCCCGGAGCCGCCCCCUCCUUCAUGGACUUGCUCAAGAACCAGACUCCCAAUGCUGGGCAGGGGUUUCCGGGCUUCCGUGCCAUCCAAGAGAGCCUCAAGCGCCCCUCGCCGCCGCCGCAGAGGCAGUCUCGCUGGCCGACGCCGUUUAUGUCCCAAUCGUCGCACAACAUCUUCAACAAGGAGCGAGAGGGAAACGUGAAGGCUGGGAAGGAAGAGGAGAAGGAUUCUGGCACUACCCUUACGAGGACCUACAGCUACGAGGAGCUUGGGAAAAGGCUAGGGGAACUGCGGCCAGCCGGUGCGGUCAAGGACGGUAAGGAGUGGUUUUCGCUCGAGGAGCUGCAGGGGCGGAUCGCCAAGCUUGUGGAGUUGGAGAAGCAGGAGUACGGGUAUGAUGGGCGAUUUUUUGCUAUCCGGAAGAGCAUCUCCAAUCUCACCAAACAAGAAAAACCGGCUCAGGUGUUACCCAUGCAAACAAUACUGGGCCUUGGAGCGCAGUUGACACCGAACUACACGAGACUGCCUCCGCAGGAGGAGUUGGUCGAGAGGUAUUUCCAUCCAGACCAUAUGUCAUCCGAAGAGAAGAUGAAACUGGAGCUCCAAAGGGUGAGGGACGAGUUCAAGAUGUCUGAGAAUGACUGUGGUUCUGCACGAGUUCAAAUUGCCCAAUUGACUCUGAAAAUCAAGCAUCUGUCAGCUGUUCUGCACAAGAAGGAUAAACAUUCUAGAAAGGGGCUUCAGGAGAUGGUCCAGAGGAGGAAGAAGUACCUCAAAUACUUGCGAAGAACCGACUGGGACUCCUACUGCCUUGUUCUGUCAAAGCUGGGGCUUCGUGAUGUGCCUGAGUACAAAGCUCCCGACUACAAGAGCAAGUCCGCCAUCAAGGCCAAAUCUAAGAAGAGCAAGAGCAAGAAGAGAAAGAAAAAGAUCAAGGCAUAGAACAAAUAUGCUCUUUUUGGCCUUGAAUUGCAUGGCCAGAAAAUCAAUGGAAAAGACGCUCAGGCCCGAGAUGGCUCGAUCCAGUCUUGCAAUGUUGUAUUUUUUCAAGCCGUUUGUAAUAACCAUUUUCUUUAGGUGCCAAGGUUUUUCCUUGUUUCUGCUAGGACCUGCAGCCCUCCCGUAACAACUGAUUUCUUGUUAUUUUAGAGUUCUCCCACUCAAUUUGCUGAGAAGGGAUGGAACAGACCCGAUACCAUUACAGCAUCAUGCCAUCAUCAGUUAUGAGUUAUGAUGGCGGGUGAUGUAAUUUUGCGAGGAUUCUUCUACACGAACGAAUAAACAAUCUUGCAAAUUA